AUGCGGUUGCCAUCCAUUGACACUUGGUGGUCGCCUACUGACACGCAGAGGCACCCAGAACUUCAGUCAUUGCCUCAAGACCUCCUGUAUGCCCACGUAGGACCUGCGUUAGAUCUCCCCAGCACAGCAAUAUCUCUGCCCCCGAAAUCACCCGCGGUGUCGCAGAAGAAGAAUAAUGCUCAAGCUAUGUUGAUGGAGCAUACUGCUACGCCCUUUUUUGUGUUGCAGAAGAAAGAAAAAGCUGCUCAAGCUGUGUUGAUGGAGCCUACUGCUACGCCCUUUGUUGCAUUGCAGAAGAAAAAUAAAGCUGCUCAAGCUGUGUUGAUGGAGCCUACUGCUACGCCCUUUUUCGUGUUGCAGAAGAAAAAAAAAGCUGCUCAAGCUGUGUUGAUGGAGCCUACUGCUACGCCCUUUUUUGUGUUGCAGCAGAAUAGGAGUAAGGUGUCGUUGGUUGGGGAGAGUUCGAGUCAGAUCCCAAGUGCUCGAAGAUCUUCUCCUGAAAUAGGCUCACGGAUACCCCAGUCAUACCCCCAUCCCCGUGAAGUCCUUCCCUCCUCUGCCCAUACAGACACAGUUCUUCCCGUUCGUAACCAUGAAUCUGGUGAAUCAGACCAUAACCCAAUGCUCCAAAACCUCACGGAAUACAUCACCAAGGACGGAGACUGGCCUGUUACUCGUGGUGGGUUCGGGGAGAUCUGGAAAUGUACCUAUUCCAUAGAUCGGAGAUUGAUCAAAGUCGCAGUGAAAUCAUUGCAGGUGUACGCUGCUGAUCAACUUGGUCCAGCGAAGUCGAAGAAAACCAAGAGAAUAACGCGUGAACUCAGAAUAUGCGCCAACCUCAAGCACGAAAAUAUUCUCCCCGUUUAUGGUUAUACUUAUGGCUUCGGCCCAUAUAUUGCAAUAGUCAGCCCUUGGGCAGAGAAUGGAAGCCUGACGGCCUAUUUGGAGCGCGUGGGUGCGGAUCUUACUCUCGUUAGACGAUUCCAGAUUCUCAGGGAUAUCAUAGCUGGUCUCCAAUAUCUUCACGUCAACAGUGUCAUCCAUGGUGAUUUCAGUGGGCCUAAUGUGCUGAUCCAUGGCGAUGGUACUGCGUGUGUUGCCGACUUCGGUCUCUCCUUGAUGUAUUCGGAGGAUAAAAGCGCCUCCCAGGCUUCCUGGACGUCUACGCUCAAAGGAAACAUGCGAUGGAUGGCCCCUGAGCUGCUUGAAGAUCGGGAGGAUGGAUCGCAAGUGCGGCCUAGCGAGCAGAGCGACAUGUAUUCAUUCGGCGGUAUCAUGCAUCAGCAAACUGUUGAUUUCGCGACAAUUCUCACACUUUUGACAAAUCCGCACAACUCCGCACAAGGCAUCACAGAUCUCACAGACAUCACAAACAAAUGA